AUGAGUACCCAUUUCGAAACCGUAUCACCUAGUCCCGAAGACCCAUACGAGAAAACGGUGGUGGAAAGCAUUCUCGAUAAAUCACCCAGUGUGAAAUGGAACGAUCUAGCAGGACUUUCCUAUGCCAAAAAAGUGCUUUACGAAUCCGUAAUUCUUCCCAAUCAACGACCCGACCUUUUUACGGGGUUGCGAGCCCCUCCCAAGGGGAUUUUGCUUUUUGGACCUCCAGGAACGGGGAAAACGAUGAUCGGGAAAGCUGUGGCGACCGAGUCAAAGGCUCUGUUUUUCAGCGUGUCUUCGUCUACACUGACGAGUAAAUGGGUAGGAGAGAGCGAGAAGAUCGUCCGCGCUUUGUUUGCAGUGGCUUCUAAAAACCAGCCGGCGAUCAUUUUUAUCGACGAAAUCGACUCGAUUUUGACAGCACGAAGUGAGAACGAGAACGAGGGAAGCCGCCGAUUAAAAACAGAGUUUAUGAUUCAGUUGGAUGGGGCAACAACGAACGGAGAGGAGCGAGUUUUGAUCAUCGGAGCGACAAAUCGUCCGUUUGAACUGGACGAUGCGGUGAUUCGCCGACUCUCCCGUCGUAUUUAUAUCCCUUUACCUGACAAACAAACUCGAUUUGAAUUGCUUACGAUUCUUUUAAAAGGCCAAAACGUAAAUCUUUCCGAAGAGGACGUUUCCCGCAUCUUAGAACUCACAGCACAUUACAGCGGAUCCGAUUUGAAAGUGCUGUGCAAAGAAGCAGCCAUGGGUCCUGUAGAUGGCUCUGCGCCCCGAUCUGAUGGAUAG